AUGCUUCAUUUCACUCCGCCCCAGCAGCUGGGCUCAUCUCGCUCCGCCUACUCAAUUGCUAAUCAGCUAAAAUUAGAUUCGUCUUAUUUGCCCUCUGGGUACCAGCGAAAGGAGGUGGGCGUGACUUACAAGAACAGGAAGGGGGAGGAGAAACAGGUAAUGAUUGACUCCGCCUACCUUGAGCUUGAUAAGGAGCUGAAGUUUUUACGAGAAGAUUGUGGAGUUCUUUCGAUUGUCGACGUAGUUUGGAACCACACCUCCUUUGACACACCCUGGUUGAUACAGAAACUACGCUCUUGUUUGCUGAACACAGUCCUUCCUCGUGCAAAGCUGUGGGAGUAUUUCUGUGUUGAUGUUGAAGCAAUAGUGAAGGAAUUCAGACAGUCUGUGUAUCGUUUGAAUGGAGGGGAACACCCUAAACCUGAGGGAAAGAGUCUCAGGAUCUGUCAGGACCCACAGUACCGGAGACUGGGGUCUACGGUGGAUGCUGGAUUGACACUGGAACUGUUUAACGUCUACUGUGAUGGAACAGUUUGCUUUGAAGAAAGGAUAGAGAAGUGUAUUUCAGACCUACGUCACGAGCUGCAGCAGCUCAAUGGUGAAAUGGAGGACCACAUCCGUCACCUCCUCUACCUAGCGGUCAACAACAUUACGGCCAACAUCCGCUACCAGUUCCUGGAGCACCACGGCCCGCGUCGUACCUCCUUUACGCCAGCGGAACCUUUCAAUCAGCGGUACUUUGUACACGUGGGCGGUAGCACUGACCUGACAGAUGCAGAGAUAGAAGGAGUUAGGGGGAAGAACGUGUUGGCUCAUAAUGGGUGGGUCAUGAACGCUGAUCCACUGGUUAACUUUGCUGAAGAAGGAUCAGAGGUUUAUUUCAAACGGGAGCUCAUAGUUUGGGGUGAUUCUGUUAAACUUCGCUACGGGAACAAGCCGUCCGACUCACCGUGGCUCUGGUCUCACAUGACACAGUACACCCAGUCCAUGGCAAUCCUGUUUGACGGGUUUAGGCUGGAUAAUUGUCACAAUACUCCGAUUGUUGUAGCUGAAGGAUUACUGGACGCAGCUCGUGAGGUUAAGCCUAACCUUUAUCUGGUGGCUGAGCUGUUCACCCCGUCAGAAGAGAGGGACAACUACUUUGUGAAUAGACUAGGAAUCAACUGUCUUAUUAGAGAGGCAAUGUCAGCAGGUAUACCAAGAGAACUGGGUCGACUAGUUUACAAGUACGGUGGUGACCCAGUAGCUAGUUUCUUCAGCAGUACAGUACUGAAACCCUCGGUCGCUAAUGCAAUGUUCUUUGACGCUACUCAUGACAAUGACCCUGGACACAUACUGUCUCGGUCAGUCUAUGAUGCUAUUCCUAAUUCAGCUCUAGCGUCAAUAGCUUCUUGUGCCAGUGGAAGUUGUAGAGGCUAUGAUGAACUCAUACCUCAUAAAAUUGAUGUUGUUACUGAAAAGCGUCUCUACACUUCUUGGUCAGAUACUACUAAACCAGGCUCCGCCCAGUCUUCUUCAAGCCCCGCCCACUCUACUAUUAAUUUCUCAACCGGUAUCAUAGAGACCAGGAAGUUAUUGAAUGAGCUACAUAAAGAAUUAUCUGACGGUGGUUAUAACGAGAUAUACGUUGAUCAGGUUACCGAGGAGAUUGUUGCCGUGACGAGGCAUUGCCCCGCCCACCACAAGUCGUACAUUUUGAUGGCACACACAGCGUUUCAUCCGCCCCCAGACUGGGCCACGCCCACUAGUACGAGACCACACACAGGGUAUAGUGACGUACCUCCAUUGACAAUACAGGGAACUAUAAAAGAGAUUUACCUGGAGGCUCGGUUAGUAAAGGAAGAGGGCGUGGCUGAGGGUGUGGCUUCAAGCAACUACCUAACUGGAAUCAGUGAUCAGUUUAAAGUUGAUUUGAGACGUCAUAUUGGAAUGAAGGAAUCAGUAAUGUGCAAACUAGUCACACUAUCAGAAGAUACUCAUGAAGUUCUCUUUACUGACUUCUGUCCUGGAUCUAUCAUCAUUUAUGAAGUUGAGUUGCUACCUGAUGCCUGUAACUCAAUUAAUGUAUUAAGAUCAUUCCUUGGCCGAGAGAAAUCAAAUAAAGAAGGACUUGAUCUCUGGUCAAGUCUCGUAUCAAAAUCAGAAUCACUCUCACUGAUUGACGUUAACUAUGUGUUGUAUCGGUGUGAUGUGGAGGAGAGGGACGAUGGAAAAGGAGGCGGAGUCUAUGACGUACCUCACGUUGGGAGAAUGACAUACUGUGGACUACAGGGUAUUAUGAAUAUGAUAAAACCCAUCAGGGAUUCUAAUGAUCUCGGUCAUCCACUUUGUGACAAUCUUCGCUCUGGGAACUGGUUGCUAGGAUACACUGCCGAGAGACUGAAGCUCCGCCCAUCAAUGAAGGACAUUGGUGAGAUAAUAUCAGGAGUGUUCCACCACCUGUCAGUCCUCCCGAGAUACCUCAUACCCUGUUACUUUGAUGCUGUCGUUACUUUACUGUAUGACCAGAUAAUAGCAUCAUCUCUACCUAAGAUGAGCAAGUUUAUCUUAGAUGGCUCUAGUGUUGUGAAGGACUUAGCUCUCGGUUCUGUCCAGUUAUGCGGCUACACCCCAUCAGCUGUUUAUCCACCGCAUGAGGCCACGUCCCCUGACCCCUCUAUGGGUUCAAUGGCUGCCGGUCUGCCUCUUGCAACCGGAUUCAUGAGAUGCUGGGGGAGGGACACUUUCAUAUCACUGAGGGGGUUGCUAUUGGUUACAGGGAGAUAUGCUGAAGCAAGGAACACUAUUCUAUCUUUUGGUUCUUGUUUGCGUCAUGGUCUAAUACCUAAUCUGUUAAACGGAGGCAACGCCCCUCGUUACAACUGCCGUGAUGCCACCUGGUGGUGGCUGCAAAGCAUUCAAGAUUACAUGAAGAUGGCACCGGAUGGUCAGUCGUUCUUACAAGCUCCUCUACGGAAACUGUUUGCCACUGAUGAAAGUGAUGCUGAUUUUAUGGGCGGAGUCCAAGUAUCGCUAGCAGAAGUUAUACAAGAUUCUUUACAGCGUCAUGCUAGCGGUAUUAGUUUUACUGAGAGGGGGGCGGGGCCCGGGCUCGAUCGGGAUAUGACUCCGCCCGGUUUCCUUGUGGGUGUGUCCAUUGAUUGGGAUGAGACUGGGUUUGUAAGAGGAGGGAACCAGUUUAACUGUGGGACUUGGAUGGAUAAAGUGGGGGAGUCCUCUUGGGCUGGGAAUAAAGGAGUACCCGCUACACCACGUGAUGGUUCAGCAGUUGAGCUGGUUGGUUUGUUGUAUUCAGCUCUGAAGUGGUUGACUGGUCUCAAUGAUCAGGGGAUAUACCCUUUCAGUGGAGUCUACACCACUCACUCUAAAACACCAGGUUCCCCGUUCAUCACAUUCAAGAAAUGGGCUACACAAGUUAAAGACAAUUUUGAGUCAAAGUUCUGGAUACCACUGGACGAGACCACAGCUGCAGCUAAAGAAGGAACUGACUCUCAUUAUAUUCAUCGUCACGGGAUUUAUAAGGAUACUUACGGCUCCACCCACAAAUACACAGACUACCAGCUGAGGCCCAACGUCCCUGUUGCCAUGGUAGUCGCUCCUGAUCUCUUCACUCCUUCUAAUGCCCGCACGGCUUUGGGGAAAAUUGAGGAACUGUUGCUAGGACCCCUUGGAAUGAAAACUCUGGACCCCGGUGAUUGGCAGUACAAUGGUUAUUAUUUAAAUUCAAUUGAUUCAAAUAAAUACAAAACGGCUAAAGGUUUCAACUACCACCAAGGACCUGAGUGGCUAUGGGUGAUUGGUUACUUUCUUCGAGCGAAAUUAAUUUUCUGUGACAAAACGGAAAAUGGCGAAGAAGACGUCAUCAGUAGCAUACACCAAACUCUCAGUAACCACGCCCAGAUACUGCAAGAAUCACCGUGGUCAGGGUUGCCCGAACUGACCAAUCAGAAUGGAGCCGACUGUCCCGAUAGCUGUCCGAUACAAGCCUGGUCCAUGGCGACGUUACUGGACACGUUUUUUGACAUGUCAGAAAAGGAGACGUUGUAGAAUAUGAUGUAGUCAGUAGUAGUUGUUAGUUUAGAAUAUUUUAAUCUCAUUCUGUCAAUAAUAUAUCAAUCCUGUCUUAUGUCUUAGAACUAGUAGUAGUUAUGAUCCAUUUUCAUUCCUCAUGUAGAACUGAAUAAUAAUAAUAAUAAUUGUUAUUAUUAUUAUUUAUUAGUAGUAACAUUGUUUGUGUCGUUGUUGUUGGAAUUUUUAAUCAACAAAUGAUCUUUUCUGCUGAU